GUCCAUUGCAUUUUUUAGUGGCUACAGGAGGAGGUUAUGCAGGAUACAGGCAAUAUGAGAAGUAUAAGGAGCAGCAGGUAGAAAAAUUGGGUCAAGAGGUGCCACCCAAAAUUGCCAGUGAUUGGGAGCUGAGACCAUCAUAAAGAGGGCAAGAGACAGGGGCAAGUCGGAGGAAAAGCCAGCAGGGAAACUGGGAGCUGUGACAACGCAUCUUUCCUCUUUUGCCGAAGUGAGUGAGGGAAGGGAGGCAGACAAGAAGAGAGAGACUUACAACCGACGAUGUGUCAAUCAAACGCCCUGCAGGGACCAGAGCUGCAUUCAGGGAAAUGGUGAGAUGCUGCAAAGCUUUAUCUAACCCUCCUCCCUCUUGCUGCAACCUCCACAAAGUUAGAAUUCAUGUCCGGAGGCUGCGUUCAGGGAAUGGUGGCAGCGGCAGCUGUGCUGGGGAGCAGCACCCACAGCUGGAAAAUCCAGGCCCAGCUGGCUUUGCUGGGGGCAACCAAAAUAGGAGAGCCCGUUUCAGGUUGCAAUUUCCCCAGCUGGCCCUGAGGCGGAGAUUGGGCCAGCUGAGCUGUAUGUCUAGGCCUGCUCUGAAACUCCGUUCUUGGCCUCUGACUAUUCUCUAUUAUCUUCUGCCUUUUGGUGCUCUUAAACCCUUGACCAGAGUGGGAUGGAGGCCUAUGAGCAGGGUUUCCCUAUACAAAUCUGUGCCAACAAGACUACUCUCACGAGCCUGGGGACGCCUGAACAGUGUAGAACUGCCCAACUGGCUCCGGAAACCUGUCCUCAGCCUCUACAUCUGGACAUUUGGUGUCAAUAUGAAGGAGGCAGCUGUGGAAGAUCUUCAUCACUACCGAAACCUUAGUGAAUUCUUUCGACGGAAGCUGAAGCCACAGGCACGCCCUGUUUGUGGUGUCCAUAGUGUGAUCAGUCCAUCUGAUGGCAAGAUCCUCAGUUUUGGACAAGUUAAGAACUGUGAAGUUGAGCAAGUGAAAGGCAUCACUUACUCCCUGGAGUCAUUUCUGGGCCCACAUGCCAAUACCGAGAAUGCUGACGUCAAGCCAGCCUCCUGCCCCGACUCCUUCCAAAAGCAGCUAGUCACACAAGAAAACAAUGAACUUUAUCACUGUGUGAUUUACUUGGCACCUGGAGAUUACCACUGUUUCCACUCGCCUACUGACUGGACAGUGUCUCAUCGGCGUCACUUCCCAGGCUCCCUGAUGUCUGUGAAUCCUGGGGUUGCUCGCUGGAUCAAGGAACUCUUCUGCCAUAAUGAACGAGUAGUCCUCAGUGGUUGCUGGAAACACGGCUUUUUUUCUUUGACCGCAGUUGGAGCACAAAACGUGGGGUCUAUCCGCAUCUAUUUUGACCGAGACCUGCGUACAAACAGCCCCCGAUACAGCAAAGGCUCCUAUAAUGACUUCAGCUUUGUAACCAACAACAACAAAGAGGGCAUUCCCAUGAGAAAGGGAGAACAUUUAGGAGAGUUUAACCUGGGAUCAACCAUCGUCUUGAUUUUCGAGGCACCGAAGGACUUUAUUUUCUACCUGAAACCUGGCCAGAAAAUCCGCUUCGGAGAGGCCCUGGGAUCUCUUUAGAGCCUCCACUGCCAGAGGGGAUUUUAUAUGCAAUAGGGACUCAAUUUGAAAAAGGAAAAGUUUAUCUAAGGUGGGAGUAUUGCUCAGCAGGAACUGAGUGAGGACACUUGUUCUUAAACUGGGGGUGCACAAGUGCAUACCCACUAUGAGAGCUGCAUACAUAUCAGGGAUCGUGGCCUUUAAGAAUGUUGACCAGGGUGGCUUUUCUUCUUCCCUGUGCCUGCAGUAACAAUAGUUUCUCCCUUUAUACUUCUAUAUGCAGCCCGCUUUUGCACAGAACCUCGAGGGCUGUGUUGAGCCAAUAUAGAUUCUGCAGAAGGAGGAGAGGAAGCUGAGAGAUUCCUCCUUUAAAGGGACACUAGCAGAUUGACCUAUGCACCAUAUUAUUUUAUUUGGUAAACUUGUUUCCCAAAUUCUCUUCAUACAAGCCUAAUUCAUUGUCAGUUUUAAAAAUGUCCAAUGCCAGCAAAAUGAGAGAAUUAUCAAACAUUCAAGCACCAUUGGACUUAUCUUUUUUUAAAAAAGUUAAAUCUGUUACUCUCCCUUUAAAGCAGAAGUUUGCACUGUAUUUUAAACCUCAAACACUGUGUCCACAUUCCUUAUUUGACUUGAUUAUGUUUGCUUUUAGGAAGCCUGUUUUACAUAUAGCUGUAGCUCACCCCAAACCUAAUAUUUCAGCUUACUCUUCUGGGCCUUAAAAGUUUUCUGCUCUGUAUGGGAAAUACCCAGACUCCUUUAAGUUCAAAACAUUAAAAAAAACUACCCAGUUGACUUCAUUUCUCUGUGCACAGCCAGUGGGAAUUCUUUUGCAAGCAGUCAGUGAGUUGCCAUGAUUGGGGGGAGGAAAGAGGCAAACAGUGACAGUCUGCAGAUGCAGAAUUGAGGUAGCUAUCAGAUAGACUUUAAAAGAAAACAUUUGGAAUCUUCUGAGUAAUCUAGUUCUUCUUGCAUGCAUUUGACUUUUCCCACUGUUUGCUGGACUUGCUAAUAUUUAUGUCGCUUUCUUCAGAAGUUCAAAUUUCCCCACGCAAGACCUGAUGUCAAGAAUUCUGUUCUGAAACAUCAUGAAAGUCUCAAAAUUAAUGCUCAGAAGGGGCUCCACUUAACAUUAUGCCUGUUUCUGAAAGUGACUGGUGCCAAAAGACAGGGAUUCCUUUAUUUAGAGUAUGUUUUGUUUUUAAAUGAAUUGUUUUGAAUUUAAGAAACAAGCGUACAUAGAUAAACAUCAGGAGUGAUGAGUUUAUUUAGCUUUAAAUUGUAUCUUCCCUUUAAAAACACCUGUUGUGUAUGCUUAUCUUAAGCCUUAUGUGUAUAUUUGCCAGCGCGCACACGCACCCAACCCACACGUGUGUGACCAGAAAGCGACUGUCUUCUUUUGAUAUAAAAGGAAUAUCAGGAAGAGAACGCUAAGCCCCCCCCCCAAUACCUCCCCUGAAAUACAGAGACGAAGGUGCCUGCUGUAGAAAAGAGCAGAUCUUUCUGAUGUGUGUGUCCUGCUUGAGGCAUGAAUGCUUCUACUGACCCCCGUCUUUCUGGUGGUGGGACUGACGUAGGGCAGAGACUUCUUCAUGAUACCGGGUCUGCCUCUCUUUACAGACUUUAGAAAAGCAGUUUUCUGCUCAUUUCUUAAGCAGCCAAUCACCCUCCUCUAACCCUAAAAUGUCAUGAUGGUUGAACAUCACACAAGAGGCAAAACCAGUUGAAAAGGGACAGCCAUAAAGCAGCUGAAAAUAGACAACAGGCACCAGAGGGAUGGCCUUGUUCUAGCCACUGGAGGAACAAACUGCUCUCACUGAGGCUGCAUAGCUGUCGCUGCUUUGAGUUCUCAUGUCUUAUUCCUCAGCCUAUCUGUAUUGUUCUGAACUCAAGGAUGUUCUGCCUGUUCUGUUCAGCAGGAUUCUACUGGAUGGACAUUCUGUGCUGAACUCUGUCAUGUAGCAGCAAGGGCUGAAAAGGUCACAUUGGUCCUAAAUAAGUGGGACUGGGUUUCUUGGUGAUGCUGUGAAUUUCUCCUACAUGGAGAAUCCAUUUAAUUUUUCAACUGUAUCAGUAGCACAGUAUUUUUGUAUGUCAAAAUGUACAACUUAUGGACAUUAACUCAUUAAUUGCAAACAUUUUUAAAUAAAAGAAGUGACUUGC